CCUAACUAGCCUCGCUAACGCUAGAUCAGGUGUCCGCUGUAGCCGUCGUGGAGAGAGAACUCAAGUAACUUUUACAGGUGUGUUGAGAUGGUGAUAUACUGGUUUUAUCCCACUGGACGGAUGAUGUCAGGAUGAGUCUGGGUGCUGUAGCCUCGCUGGUCCUGGCCAUCGCUGGAGCUGCUCUCUUCUCCUCUGUUCACAAGAUCGAAGAGGGACACAUCGGUGUUUACUACAGGGGCGGAGCCUUACUGACCACCACUAGCAGUCCAGGUUUCCACCUGAUGCUGCCGUUCAUCACCACCUUCAGACCUGUACAGACGACCCUUCAGACUGACGAGGUCAAAAACGUCCCUUGUGGUACAAGCGGUGGUGUUAUGAUCUACUUUGAUCGAAUUGAAGUGGUGAAUUUCCUCAUACCGUCAGCUGUCUAUGGGAUUGUGAGAAAUUACACAGCGGACUACGACAAGGCUCUCAUUUUCAACAAAGUUCACCAUGAACUGAACCAAUUCUGCAGCGUGCACACACUCCAGGAGGUCUACAUAGGCCUGUUUGAUCAGAUUGACGAGAAUCUGAAGCUGACCCUGCAGGAAGAUCUGACCACCAUGGCACCUGGACUCAUCAUUCAAGCUGUUCGUGUUACCAAACCUAACAUUCCCGAGUCCAUUCGCAGGAACUACGAGCUCAUGGAGAGUGAGAGGACCAAGUUGCUGAUUGCUGCUCAGACUCAGAAGGUAGUGGAGAAGGAAGCUGAGACUGAGAGGAAGAGAGCCAUCAUUGAGGCAGAAAAAGUGGCUCAAGUUGCUGAGAUCAAAUUUGGACAGAGAAUAAUGGAGAAAGAAACAGAAAAAAAGAUAUCAGAAAUUGAAGAUGGUGCAUUUCUGGCCCGACAGAAGGCCAGAGCGGAUGCUGAGUUUUACGCAGCUCAGCGAACAGCAGAUGCCAACAAGCUGAAACUGACACCUGAGUUCUUGCAGAUGAUGAAAUUCAAGGCCACAGCUGCUAAUAGUAAGAUCUACUUUGGCAGUGAGAUCCCCCACAUGUUUCUGGAAUCUGGACACAUGGGCACUUCCAAAGUCACCGACUUCCUCUCUGAGGACAUUCUCAACUUGGACUGACAGUAGGCAAAUCUGAGAGAGAGAAUAGCCCUCGCUCUCACACUGAACAGGGAUGCAGCUAAUGGCUGAGCUGAACGGACUCACUAUCACAUCAGUGGAUCACUGUAGGGAAAAAAUGGCUUACGAAAACAAGGGCCCCUGAUCUCUGUUUGUGCAGUCUAGUUCCGUGGGCCGGUCUUGGUCAGGGUGGUUCUGCCUCAUUGAUGAAAGAACAGUCCAGUGUUUGUCCUCAUCCUUAAAACUUUGAGCACUUGCAGUUCAUUGUUUGAAAAUGGGCUUGUUGCCACUUUUUUGAGUGGAAAAUAAAAAUGGGACUGUUUUCCUUAAGCUCAAAGUGGAAAUGUGGUUAUCAAUCAGUCUUGUAGAAUUCUGCUCACUCUGAGACACUUUUCCCUCUGCAGGGUUUCUGGGACAUGGUUUGAACUGUAGAGUACUGGAUCACCUUGUAUCUCCAUCAAAGCUAUUUAUAUUG